AUGUCUAGGAUGCUGUGUCAGCAUGUUCGCCAGUUUGGUCAGAACCUGGUCUGCAGGCGGCCACUGGAGCCCAUAGAAGAAUCUGAGAGUCCCAUGGCUCAUCUGAACAUCCUAGAUCUGGUUGUCUUGGGUGUGGGCAGAAGCCUGGGAGCCGGUGUGUACGUCUUGAUUGGCUUCAUUGCCAAGCUCAUAGCUGGACCAUCAGUUGUCAUCUGCUUCUUGGUGGACUCCCUGUCUUCUGUGUUGUUCGGGCUCUGCUAUGCUGAGCUGGGGGCCCGGAUACCACGCUUUGAUUCUGUGUAUCUCCAUAGCUAUGUCAUCAUGGGACAACUGUGCACCUUUGUCAUUGGCUGGAACCUCAUUUUGUCCUUAUUUGUUGGCACUGCCUGUGUGGCCAAGGCCUGGAGCAUCGCCUUCGACAGCCUCACUGGGAACCACAUCUCUCAGGCGUUAGAAGGAACGUUCUCUCCGUAUAUGCCCUCUGUCCUCGCCACGUUCCCCGAAUUUGUCGCCCUGGGCCCACUGCUGCUGAUUACUGGAGUACUGGUUCUUGGAGUUCCUGUGUCAGCCUGGAUUAUCAAAGUGUUCACAAACUUGAAUAUUUUGAUUCCAAUCUUCAUGAUCAUCUCUGGCUUCAUUAAGGGAGACCUGCACAACUGGCAGCUCACGGAUCAGGACUACAGAAACACAUCUGGACCCAGUGACAUCUCUAGUAGCUUGGGCCCUCUGGGUUCUGGAGGGUUUGUGCCUUUUGGCUUUGAAGGGAUUCUCCAUGGAGCAGCUGUAGUUUUCAGAUCAUAUUUUGGUUUUGAUGUCAUUGUCACUAAAGGGAGAGAAGCUCGAAAUCCUCAGCGUUCCGUCCCCUUGAGCGUGGUGAUCUCCAUCUUCAUCUGCUGUUUGGCGUACUCGGGUGUCUCGGCGGCACUCACCCUCAUGGUGCGCUACUACCAGAUUCAUCACUACAAUCCUCGGCCACAGGCUUUCUUCCAUGUCGGGUGGGCCCCUGCUGGAUAGGUCACGGCUGUCGUCUUCCUAUGUACCCUUUUAUACAGCCUCCUUGGAGCCAUGUUUGUCUUGUCUCGGUUGAUCUGUGCAAUGGCAGAUGACGGGCUCCUUUUCCGGGGACUUGGCUGGAUCCAUGCCGGUACCCACAGCCCCAUCAUGGCCAUCCUGGCUUCUGAAACUCUUGCAGCAAUCAUGGCAUUACCCUUCGAGCUCUGUGAUAUUGUGGAAUUCAUGUUAAUUGGGAUCAUGCUUGUUUACACCUUUGUGGCUUUUUCUGUGCUUGUCCUCAGGUACCAGGCAGAUCAGAAUUUCAGCACAAGUAAGAAAACAGAGGAAGAAACUGAGAUGGGGCCUGUAAUUGAAAAAAGUGCUUCAGGAUCUAUACCUGAAGCAGGAAUGUCAAACUUUCUAAAGAGUCUGUGGUUCCCUGCCAGCACCAUCCUCACCCAGAAAUCUGGCCAGAUUGUCUAUGGAUGUGUCUUCCUGCUUGUUCUCCUGCUGAGCAUUCUGAGCCUGAUCCUGGCCCAGUGGCCCAGCCAGGUGUUCUCUGGAGACCCUGUGCUCACAACAGUGGCUGUGUUGCGGCUGCUGCUCAUCACUGGGGUCACUGUCAUCAUCUGGAGGCAGCCCCAGGACCCCUCUCCCCUUUAUUUCAAGGUCCCUGCUCUGCCUGUCCUCCCACUGGUGAGCAUCUUUGUGAACGUUUCCCUGAUGGUGCAGAUCACCUGUGGGGCCUGGGUCCAAUUUGGCAUCUGGAAUGCAAUUGGUAAGUGA